AACUAUUAAGCAGCAAAAGAAGAAGAAGAAGAAGAAGAAGAUCUAAGUUUAACUAUGGGAAAGCUGAAAUCUUCCAUAAAGUCCAUCCAAGAAUCGAUCACCAGCUUCAAACCGACAGCUCCCAGCUGCAUCCAAGAAGCUAAAACUCACUCCUUUAGAGCAGGAGACGACCCCUGCUCCAACUUCAGCUAUGUCUACCACACUCCUUCCUCAUUUUCUUCUCCUUCUUCCUUAAGCCUCCACAAGCCACAACACAUCACCCACCACCAAACAGCCACUCACAUGGAAGACUCUCCUUCCUCUUCAUCCUUCUCUUCCUCCUCCUCCUCCCUCACAACGCCAAUUCCAAAACAAAAGGAACAGACCUGCAGCUUGCUUCCCAAUGACCGCAUAAACCCAAAAAGAUUCUUCUUUUCUCCUCGCAACACCAACUCCAUAAUGGAGGAAGUGAAGGAAGAAAAUGUCAGCAAGGCCGCCACCAGAAACUUCUUCGAGGAGAGUGAGGCCAUUGCCAUGGUCUCCGAUGACCCUUACAGAGAUUUUAAGUCUUCAAUGGCGGAAAUGGUGAAGGCUCAUGAGCUCAGAGACUGGCCAAGGCUACAAGAACUAUUGCAUUGCUACCUUCAGCUUAACGAUAGGAAGAAUCACAAGAUUAUAGUGCUUGCGUUUGUUGAUUUGCUCAUGCAUCUCAUGACUCAUGAGAAGCACUUAUUCUCCUUCUCCUCUCCACCUCUGUGUCUUUCUCUUCGUGAUUUGGAUAAAUGAGGAAAUAAUGUUCUUCCUUCCUUUUUCUCUGGAAUUUUUUCUGAUUUUGAGGAUGAUUUUAUUCUCUUCUUUUGUUAUGA